AUGCGUCUCAUCAUAGAGGCCCUGGAGGUCAUGGCACAUCACAUCACAUCCUUUAAUCCUUUACAUCUCAUACUAGUAACUAAGGCACAUUAUCCCGUGUCCCACAUCAUCACACAGACCACGACACAUCACACAGACCACGACACAUCACAGAGACCACGACACAUCACAGAGACCACGACACAUCACCACACAGACCACGACACAUCACCACAGAGACCACGACACAUCACCACACAGACCACGACACAUCACAGAGACCACGACACAUCACAGAGAGACCACGACACAUCACCACAGAGACCACGACACAUCACCACAGAGACCACGACACAUCACCACACAGACCACGACACAUCACCACAGAGACCACGACACAUCACAGAGACCACGACACAUCACCACAGAGACCACGACACAUCACCACAGACCACGACACAUCACACAGACCACGACACAUCACCACAGAGACCACGACACAUCACCACACAGACCACGACACAUCACCACAGAGACCACGACACAUCACCACACAGACCACGACACAUCACCACACAGACCUCGACACAUCACCACACAGACCACGACACAUCACAGAGCCCACGACACAUCACAGAGACCACGAAACAUCACACAGACCAAGACACAUCACCACAGACCACGAUACACCACAGAGCCCACGACACAUCACAGAGACUACGACACAUCACCACGAAACAUCACACAGACCAAGACACAUCACCACAGACCACGAUACACCACAGAGCCCACGACACAUCACAGAGCCCACGACACAUCACAGAGCCCACGACACAUCACCACAGAGCCCACGACACAUCACCCAAAGAUGUCUUCAUAUACAGCAUUACACCGGAUGCACUAAACCCCUCACUGUAUGUACAGAACACAGUGCACAUCACACAAUGCUUCAAAUCACGUCACUUUAGAGCCAAUACCAAACUCAUCAGACCCGAUGACAUCACUUGUGGAGCAUGA